ACGCCUUUUCUGCAGCAUAAUCGAAUCAUCAAAUCGUCCUAAUGGCGACACAAAGUGUUGGGAAUCACCAGCAGGUCCUAGAGAAUCUGCAGAAAUCUGGCACUCUCAACAGAAAGACCGUCAUUAGUAUUAGUCAGAGCCAGUCUACAGGAGAGACUUCCAAGAUUGUCCGCUCCUGUAGUGACUCUAGUCAAUCUAAGCCAGGGCUUCCUCAUAAACUAGAAGAUAGGCGGAUAGUCCUGAUAGAUGGAACGCAAAUCAUAAUUGAAUCAGCCAACGAGUUUGUGUUGGUCGGACCAAAAGGAGCUAAAAUUAUCAUAAGCUGCCUCCCUUUAUUCUCUUUACCUGAUACUGCCGAAGGAAUGAAAAUGGCUGCCACAAACUCGCCAUGUACUCUCCGUAGACAACAGAUAGACAAAAGCCUCUCUCUUAAAACUGGUAAAGCCGGUUUUGAGGCCAGCCAAACCGGUUGGGUCCAGUUUAGCCAGUCCGUUGAUUUAGAAGUCAAUGGCAAACAUGAUGGCUCCAUGGAGUCAGACAUACUUGAACCUCUUCCAAGACUAGAUGAUGUCUUUGACAGCAGCCCAGGGAAUGACGUAUUCAAUUAUUUAGAUCCCUUUAGUGGCAACAACGGAACAGGGACUUCCCCUGCAUUUGAGGAAUCAACGAGAGACAGAGCUUUUGACGAAGUGUUUGCCAAAGCGACAGCUCCUACAGCCAGCCACAGAGAGCAAGGAGAGGCAGAGAGACAAAAGGCUAUAGAUAAAAGGAUAGAAACCGGAAGCUGUAGUGGAGAUUUAUCUGACUCGGACGAUAAUUUCUUCAGCGAUGAGAGUCCGUUCUCGGUCGAGUAUGUUGACAAGCUUCCAAAGAAUAGAGCGGCCUCGAUUAGUUUCAUAAAGCAAUCUGAAGUAAUUAAUAGCACCAGCAGUGGCUCCUCUGGCAAACCCAAUCUCAUUACUGUCUUACCACCUCCUCCAUUUGUCAGUGUAAUACCACGCUAUGAGACAAAGGGUGGCUGGCUAAUUAAACUGAGUCAUAGGAAAGGAGUGUUUGGUGACAAAUGGCAGAAGAGGUAUUUCAUACUCAACGGACCAAUUCUGAACUAUUUCAAGAAAUAUGGAGAUAGUCGUCCACGUGGUGCUAUCAAAUUACUUCCUGGCAGCUGGUGCAGUGAGAUAAGGCAGGGAUCUCCUAGGAUGAAUGACGCUGUAGCUAAAUCAGACAAAGCAGGCAUCAUAUCAGUGAACCGCUGCUUAGCUGUUCAUAGGCCAAAUAACUUUGCUGGUACAAUUUCUGCACUUCUUGCUUCUGAAGGAGCAGUUGAUGCCUUCUCCAGUUUGAAUCUGGCCUUUAGUAAUCCGGAGGAUGCUUCAAGGACCUUCUACAUGAUAGCACCAUCAGAGCAAGAGAGACAUUUAUGGGUAGAGGCAAUCUCUCACAAUAUCAUCGAAUACUCUAGAUCAAGGGAAGCACUGGAUGUUGCCUGUGAUGAAUUACAGGGAAUGUUAAAAUCUGUUGGUUGUGAUAUUGAUAAAGAGACAAUGCCCUCCGUACUCCUGGGGCUGUAUCAGAAGAAGGAUGAGCUGGAAAAGAGACAAAUGGAUGUGCUGUAGUCUAAUUUAUUAUUAAUAACUAUUGCGUUUUAAUCAAGAUUGUGUAACAUAAAUUUUGUCUGUGUUGUGUGUGAUUUUAAAUCCAUGAAUGAAUGAAUAUAUAAAGUUUUGAAUGCUAAAUCUAUUGAAUGAAGGUUUUGCUAACUGUUCUUUUAC